GGCACUUGCUUUUCAAUCUCGUGGUUUUCUUCUGUGUGUCACUGUCCGGAUGCGGGCGGUCUUGAAGAAAUAAACGUCCUCUUUAUCCUCCCCAAAAGGCCAAAAGCAGCCACAGAAAAGGGGAAAGGGUUGUUAUAUAUAUAUAUAUAUAUAUAAUUUCUUCAGUAGCAAUCAGAUUUAGUCAGUUGGGGGAGGCGAAUUUGAUCAGAACACACCGGAAGGAAAACUCGAGAUUGGUCAGUGAAAGACGAAACAUCAGUAGAAUCCUCAUCUCCAAAAACGAAAACGAAAAGAUUUUGCUAGGUAGAUUCCGUUGUUAGAUUUCAUUAACUCGAGCAAUACAAAUCCAGGAAAAGGGAAGGAAACAUGAGGGCCACUCCCAUUUUAAUCAGUCUGGUUCUUAUUCUCUCUCUUUUCUCUGUCUCUUCUUCCGCCAACACCUCUGAACUGUUUGAAAGCUGGUGUAAGCAACAUGGCAAAACCUACUCUUCCGAACAGGAGAAACUGUACAGAUUCAAAGUAUUCGAGGACAACUAUGCCUUUGUUUCCGAGCACAAUGAAAUGGGCAAUUCUAGUUAUACACUCUCCCUCAAUACCUUUGCUGAUCUCACCAACCAUGAAUUCAAGGUCUCUCGUUUAGGUUUAUCCCCUGCUUUGCUUCGAUUCGACCAUCGAACGAUCCAGCAGCCCGAUGACCUCAUCCUACAGAGUCUUCCCACUGAGGUUGAUUGGAGAAAGAAAGGGGCGGUAACUCAGGUCAAGGACCAAGCCAGUUGCGGUGCUUGUUGGUCGUUCUCAGCAACAGGAGCUAUUGAGGGAAUAAAUAAGAUUGUUACGGACUCUCUUGUUAGCCUCUCUGAACAAGAGUUGGUAGAUUGUGACAGAACCUAUAACACUGGCUGCCAGGGUGGACUUAUGGAUUAUGCUUAUCAGUUUGUCAUUGACAACCAUGGGAUUGACACGGAGGAAGAUUACCCAUACCAAGGUCGUGAAAGGUCUUGCAUCAAGGAUAAGUUAGGAAGGCAUGUUGUUACGAUUGAUGGUUAUACUGAUGUGCCUCCGAAUGAUGAGAAGCAGCUAUUAAAGGCUGUUGCAACCCAGCCUGUAAGCGUUGGCAUAUGUGGGAGUGAUAGAGCCUUCCAGUUAUACUCUAAGGGUAUUUUCACCGGCCCAUGUUCAACUUCUUUGGAUCACGCGGUGUUGAUUGUAGGAUAUGGUUCAGAAAAUGGAGUGGAUUACUGGAUUGUGAAGAAUUCAUGGGGAACUAGUUGGGGAAUGAAUGGUUACAUACACAUGCGGCGAAACACCGAAAACUCUCAAGGGCUAUGUGGAAUCAACAUGUUAGCAUCGUAUCCAACCAAGACCAGCCCUAAUCCUCCUCCUCCAUCUCCACCAACUCCUAUUAAAUGUAAUCUCUUCACUUAUUGUGCGCAAGGAGAGACCUGUUGCUGUGCUAGACGCUUUCUUGGUAUAUGCAUUUCAUGGAAAUGUUGUGGCUUAUCAUCUGCCGUCUGCUGCAAGGACAAUCGCCAUUGCUGCCCCCAUGACUAUCCUGUUUGUGACAUCAGAAGUGGUCAAUGUCUUAAGGGAAAUGCAAAUAUGACGAGGACAAAGGCGCGUGAGAUUGAGGGCCCUUUCCAUAAGCCUAAGGGUUGGAAUUCUCAGUGAGGAGUUCAUGUUAUAUACUUCACCUGUUGCGUUUCAGAGCAGAAAUUUGCAUUCUAGCUUAGCGAGGAAUUUGACUGCUGGGAUAUUUGUAUCACGAGGCGGAUAAUAAAACUUUUAUUUUUUAAGUUUGUCUUUAUAUCAAUUUGAUCUUUUUAGUUUA